AGAGUCUGGAGAGCGAUUUUGGCACGAAGAGGCCGCCCCAUCUCUCCUUCUUUCUUAGAAACGAUCCCCUCCGUGGUUUUUUCACUCCUAUAGCAUACAUGCAUGCCUGUUGAACUCCUCUUCUCAGAAACCUUGACUUGCAUCUGGGAGCUGCGGGAUGUACACGACCGGGCUCAACCCGUUUUACGCAUCGAACUUCAGCCUGUGGUCUGCGUACUGCGCGGGGGGCUUCGCCGUGGACUCCAUGAAGAAACCGUCGUUCUGCAUCGCGGACAUUUUACAGGCUGGAGAUGCGGAGAACAUCCCGGGAUCGUCGGCCCUCCUGGUGCAUAUGGGACACCACCACAACCACCACCCUCACCGGCAGCAGCAGCAGCAGCAGCAGCAGGGUCACUCCGGCUCCGGCUCCCCUCUGCGCCCUAAUCCAGUCGCUCCUGAUGCGUCAGUGUACGGCGCAUGUCGGGGAAACCCUGCGUCUCCUUACCACAGACACGGACUACAGCUGACAUCAGUGUCCAGGACUGCUUUUAACUCCCAACAAGGACCCCCACCUUCCAGCAAAGACCUCAAAUUUGGAAUUGAUCGGAUAUUGUCGACUGAAUUUGAUCCAAAGGGGAAAGAAAAGUCUUCACUAAGAGGUGAGGAGGGAGAUUUCUUUUUGCAUUUUUUGGAUUAGGGGUGUUUGCAGAAAAAAAUAAAAACAUACACAACUUUAAAAAAAAAGGGUGUUUAGAGUUAUUUUUGAAUGACAGGACGAAGAAAACAUUUUCAGACUUCAAAGACAUCCUUUACAGAAGUGAGCUCGUCCUCUUAAGUUUAAAACAGUGAGAGAGCUUCACGACAGGAACUUUAAGGAGAACUUAAGGCAAAGUAGAGAGGUCAGAAGGUCAGGAUCAGCUCCAAACAGCAGUCCUGCAGCUGGAAACCUCCUCCCAGGCUUUUAUUUUGUAGUAGAAGUCGUAGAACCCUAACUGAAUCCUCCACCCUUAUCUCUGUGACAGAUCUCACCUCCAUCGUUAGCUCCAACCGUCAGUCAGGCCUCCACCUCCCAGUUCAGCCUCCGUCCAGCCAGUACUUCUCCUCCAUGGAGGCGGCCGGGAUGGGCGACGCGUCCUCCAUGCUGAGCUCUCUAGGCAGCAGCUGCAGCGGCAGACAAACAGGCCAGCAUCAGUUUCAAGACUCCUUCCCAGGUAGACUCCACAUGUAGGCCCGGAUCAGACAGAUAACCGGGUCCCAGAGGGUCCCAGAGGGUCCGCACACACCUGCAGUGAUUGUCUCUUUCUCUCUUUUUCUCCUCGUUUUAACCUUCAUCCUCGUGUCUUUCAGGUCCAUACGCGGUCCUCACCAAAGACACGAUGCCGCAGACGUACAAGAGGAAGAGGUCGUGGUCCAGGGCCGUGUUUUCAAACCUGCAGAGAAAGGGACUGGAGAAGAGGUUCGAGAUUCAGAAGUAUGUCACCAAGCCGGACAGGAAACAGCUGGCCGCCAUGCUGGGGCUGACGGACGCUCAGGUGAGGACUGAUGUUCACAUCUGGAGACCAGGAUUCAGGGACUUUUAGGAGAAGGAGGAGAGACGACAGACACUAACUUUUGUCUUCUACAGAGAGGUCUUAUCUUCCAAACUGUGACCUUGAUUGAUCUCAGAUUAUUAUAGAUUAUAUUCAGUUUGUGUGGUCGUAAAUUCUGGGUUUGAUGCACACUUGUUGGUGUAUGUUGGUGUAAACAUGUGUUGGCUAUAAAGUAAGCAUAUUUUUAAUUAUUCAGUUAUUAUAAGGUCCAACAAGAUUUUUGAUUUCUGUUCCUUUCAGUGGAUCUUAAAUGUGCUUUUUUUUGGUCUUGAUUAAAAACUAAAAACACAUGAGUGAAGGAUUAGGGUUGGGAACUUAUCGUUCAUGCUAAAAUGAAGCUGUAAUGUUUGUUAUUGCUGGAUAAUUUCUAAUUUUAAAGCUUUUUCUCCCUCAUUUAUGUUCUUUUAUUAACUUUAUUAACCCUGUCUUGGCCAUUCUGGUGACAUUCAGCUGUGUUGCUCCUUUUUUUCUGUCUAAAAUCAAAUAAAAAUACAAACCUGCGUAUCUAUAAUUCUAACUGAGGAAUCUUAAAUUAGUGAUAUUCUCGAAAAAUACAAAAAUGAACAAAGAGUGAAAUAAAAAUUGGAAAAAUCCAAUGAAAUUAUAUAAGAUUCAGAGUUGUGUUUACAUACAGCACUGUGGUUAUUGAUACACACACAGCUUAAUCAUUUUUGUCACUUAUCUGUUAAAUUCUUGUUCAUUUUACUUAAACUUCUUUAUUAAAACAAAUUAAUGAUGUUAAAGUCAGGAUAUUACACAGAGCAGGCUGGGAGGCGUCCCAGUGUUCGCCUGUUUUCACCACACCCUGAGCAACAUCAGCAAGUUCAUCACUAAAACACUCUUAACGUUUACUUCAUUUAACUUCCAUAAUAUCUGAUUUUUCUGUCUCAUUGAACUCUGGAUGCAUUUCCUCUGUCAUCUUACAUUUACACUGAAUUUACCUGACUUUACUGGCCCAGUCUCUUAUAAAAAUGUAGAAACUUUAAAUAAAAUCAGGGUCUGUGUAUUUUAACUGGUGUAAACUGUGUUACAUGUGUUUAAUUUUUACUUUAAUGACUGAGAAGAGUAGAUACCGAGUUGGAGAAAUGUUGCUUCAGAAGCAUUUAAUCCUAAAUGUUAAAAGGUGUUGGUUUUAGCUCAUGUCCUCCUGAUUUUAAUGGCAAAUAUUCAGGGAAUAAUAAAGAGAAUUGAGUGUGUUUUGUUUUGGUUAAACCAGCCCACAGUGUCAGGUUAAUAAGAGGUUCCUGGUGUGUGAUUUCAGGUGAAGGUGUGGUUCCAGAACAGACGCAUGAAGUGGAGACACUCCAAAGAGGCGCAGGCCCAGAAGGACAAGGAGAAGGAGCAGCCCGACAAGAGCGCCUCGGAGCCGGGCAGCAGGGAGCCGCAGGAGCCCGCUGAGUCCGACUGCGAGUGUGAGAGCGACGGCAGGAGCGAGUGUGAGUCCGACGAGGCUCCGGAGGAGAACUCAGACGGACACUCGGACGUUUCGGAGCUCCACAAAACCAGCGUGAUCAUGAGCGGGAGCGCGCCGGGGAGCAGCGCGGAGGGAGCGGCCACACUCACGGACACUCCGGCCUCUCAGAUCCUCAUAUGAGGGACAGUUUGGAGGAUGGACCAGGAGGUUUUUUAUUGUGAAAGGGAGGCGGAAGAGGCGAGUAAACACACCUGGAGUGACAGGAAACCUGAAGUUACGGCCUGCUCUGAAAAUCACGGAGACGAACUUCGACACAUUGGUAAAAGGAAAAUAUCCUCCUGUUAAAUGUUAAAGAUUUUAAUUACUUUAAACUUCAUUCAACAUUUUUUAUUUUUAAUACGAACAGGGGGAUUUCUCAAUAAUAAUUAAACAAGACACGUUAUCGCUCUUAGCCAAUCAUCUGCGCCGGUUUCCUGUCACGUGCUCUCACGUGCCUCAUUUUUCGUAAAUCUUCGGUUGUGAAUUUUAUUUUGAAGGUUAUAAACCACUCGAUUUUAUGUGUCCGUGUAUUAUUUUGGUCUUUUUUGGGUGGGGUAUAUAAUUGUGCUAUUAUGUUAAUAAUUAUUUGCACUGAAAAUAUUGUAAAUAAAAUGUUUCUUACAUAAAAAAAACUUG